CAAGGCAGAGUAAAGGCUGGGAAUAAACACACUUUCCUUUCCUUUUAGAAGAAGACCUUCAAUCGCUGAAAACUAAUCGCUUCGCAUGUAUCAGCAGGUCAGUAAAAUUAACAUAAUUCUCAAAAUUUAAUUUAAUUUUCUCUUUUUUCUCGUAUUAAAGUACAAGCCGGACAAUAGCCGCCGAUUGAGUAAGGUUAAGUUUUAAGAUUGGUUUACGAGACAGUUAAGCUCAAGUCAUAUUCCAUUGGGUGAAACUUCCAUCGAGAACAUGGGCUUAUAUACUAUACGACCAAAAUUCCUAGCUAGAAGGAAGUUAAACAUCUGCUGAUUUAUGAUAUUCUUGGGUAGUUAAACUCUUUUUCACUUCGAAACAACUCCAGUUACAAUAAGCUUUGGUAUAGCGAGGCUGGUUUAUUUGGAGCGUGACGCACUGAACCACUUAUUAAUGCUUAUCUUAGGAUCGGUUUCAAACACUGCUCGAUCACGCUCCACGUGUAAAACAAAGAGUAGCAUCCAUUUCAUCUGUACAUUGAGUAAUAUUUAUCUACCUAGCUCAUUUAGAAACUGGAUUUUCAGUCAACAUUACCUACUUCAAGGGGUUAAAGCUGGUUUCUCACUCAACAUUUAUUUGUUGAUUAACAAAUCACCUGACAAAUGUUGUACCUCGUUUUCAACACGGACCCUGCCAUGUUUAAUGCCCGACGUAGUCAAUCGAACCCAAUCGAACUGCAGUCAUUCGAAUGACUUCGAUUGGGUUCGGUAAUCGAACUUAACUGAACUCACCCGACAAUGUUGCCAAUCGAACACAAUCGAACGUUGAUUAUUAUGUUUGAUUGUUUAAGUCUUAAACAAUCAAACAUAAUAAUCAAACACUGCAUGCAACAAUCGAACAUAAAACCAGUUUCAUCUGGUUUAAAACAAAAGGCGUUGUGUUCAAAUAAAUUAAGGCUUCACUUUCAAACACAAGUACACAAAGAUGUCACAGAGCUGAUGAGAGACCCUGGGAACGAGGUUGGUCACAGAGGGCGGAAAACGCAAACAAGUUUCUGGAAAUGAUGGUUAAAGGGACUGGUUCACGAUAAUGCGCAUGUGUGAGUUCUGACAGUAGCUGAUUGUUUUUCAACCAAUCGGAAGCGAGUUAGAUGCACGCAAGUAGAUUUACAAAAUUCAAAUUAAUUGUUCGCGACGCGAGAGUAUUUCCGGGCAUUUGGUUUGAAUUUAUUUAUCCCCAUAAUUCAAGUUUAUUCUUUGCUACUCCUCAGAUAUAUGUUGCAGCCGAUAAGAAUAAGAUUUACAGCCCUGUCUUGCUUUGAAACAAACAUUUACCAACGUGUAUUUUUACGAGGUCGUACCCACGCUAACAAAACAGUCACCGAUCGGCAAACAAAAUUUGUAAACAAACAUCUUAUUACUGUUCUCUCAGUUCGCCUUAUAUAAAUUCAGAAAUACCUACAAAUAGCGCCUGACCGGUGACAAAAACACACAACGUAUAAGUAUAAAGAUUAUCCUUAAUUGAGCAUAAAUUUCAAUUGCUUAUCAGCAAAUGAACAAAUUCAUUCGCGUUGCAUCGGGUCAAUGUUCCGCAAAACAAAUGUUAUCGAGUAGCACACAUAAAGAAACUAGAUUAUAAACAGAAUAUUCAGGUAAUAAUUUAUUUUAAAAACAUCAAUUCUUAAACAUAUACGAUCGUAAAAGCAAAGAUACAAGGAACAUUUCAAGUGUACCAGAUCGGUAAAGAUUGCGCGGCCUGUUGCGGUAUAACUACAGGUCGGAGUCAAAAAUCAAAUCAAAGUUGAACGAACUCAUGCCUUUAACCACUUUCCAAGUCUCGUGUAUUCUUUUCGUAUGCCACACACUACUCCUAGAACCAUACCAGUUUGAUAGGCUAAGCUUCUCUAUCUCCAGAGACUCUUGAGAACGUCCUGUUGCCGGACGGCCACGAUGCUUUUCUGAACCUCCAUGAUCAAAACAUUAUUUUUUGCGUCUUCUUAAAACGCAACCAGUCAAACGACACAACCACACGUUAAUCACCACUACCGAAGUAUAACUAGACCAGCCAAAGCGACGGAUGUCCGAAUAAAACGAAGGAUUUUCAAUGAUUGUACCGGUAAUGGCGAUUUCGAAUUUAGUGUUGACCCAACAAAUUUAUUCUGAAGAGACAAACGGCGCGCAUGCGCAUUAUCGUGAACCAGUCCCUUUAAAGGCUACCAUGAGUGCCCGCUUUCACUGUCAGUGUCUGUGAAAAGUUUAUUUUUAAGAAGAAAAGGGAAUAUCCAGCUCUGUAGGUAACUGACGAUGGCCGCGGCCAACUUGGACAUUUGCAACAUGAACUGAUGCCUGUGCUUGCACAUUUCCCAGUACUAAUUGUGAAUUUAUUGAUUUUGAAUUACUUAAACGAUAAAGAUUUUAGUUAAUUCCGGUUUAAUUGAAAUAUUUUUGUUUUCAAACUGCUUCAAAUACAUAUUAGAGGGAGAUCUUUCCGAUUCAACUGCAUGGAUGU